ACAAACAUGUACACCAAGCUAAUCGUUGCUCUGUGCGCUGUAAGCGUAGUCCGCGCUGGUGGUCUCCUCGGAGCUGCUCCCUUGGCUUACAGCCACGCUAUCGCGGCUCCUGCUGUGGUAACUAAAACCAUCAGUCCAGCUGUGUCUUCGGUCUCUUCUUACUCAACUCACACCGCUCACGGUGGCCACAUCGCUGCCUACGGUGCUGCUCCAGUCUUCACUAAGACCAUUGCUGCUCCUGCCGUCUCUUAUGCUGCUGCACCAGCAUACUCAUAUGCUACUGGCCCAGCAUAUUCGUACGCCGCUGCACCAUCGUACGCUUAUGCCGCAUCUCCGGUUGUGACCAAGACUAUUUCUCCAGCUGUUUCCUCAGUAUCUUCUUACUCGUCCACAACCGCUCAUGGAUCACCAUCUUUCGCAACAUACUCUGCUCACGGUGCUCCAGCCAUCGCCGCAUACUCCGCCCACGCUACACCCGCAGUUGCGACGUACUCCGCGCCUGUUGUUGCUAAGGCGAUCGCUCCCGCUGUAGCUUACGCUGCACCUGCGGUUGUCUCCAAGACCAUCAGUCCUGCAGUAUCUUCUGUGUCAUCUUACUCCUCUACCACAGCCCAUGGUGGUUCUUACGGAGGACUCUACGCUGCCCCCGCUGUAUCUACCUAUGCCGCUGCACCGAUAGUGACUAAGUCUUAUGCCGCCCCUGCUGUGGCUACCUACGCCGCUGCCCCCGUCGUGGCUAAAUACGCAGCUCCUGCCUACGCCGCCUACUCUACUGGUCCCCUGGUUGCCAAAACCUACGCCGCCCCCGCCGUCACCACCUACGCAGCUACCGCCCCGGUUCUAAAGUCGGCUGUCACAUACUCUGCUGCCCCCGCUGUUUCUCAUAUCUCCUUCAGCGGUCACGGUGCCACAUACGGUUGGUAAACUGAAUCGAAAACUAAAUAAUACUGUAAAUAGUCAAAAUAAACGA